AUGGAGAAACCCGCGCCGCCGGUCGCCCCCGACCUCGAGGCCAGCUCCCCGCCCGCCCAACCACGCCAGUCCGGGGUGGCGUAUCGAUGGAAGCAAACCCUCGAUCCAACUCAUGCCGAUCUCGUCUGUCUGUUGCUAUGCUUUCUCACGGGUCUUUGCGAUAGCAGCGCGUACAAUGCUUGGUCCUGUUUCCUUGGCAUGCAGACCGGAAACACUAUCUUUCUGGGCCUUGGCGCCUCCAAUCAACCGACCAGCAAGCCCUGGGGCUGGCUGAAAUCGCUGGUCUCCAUCGCAUCCUUCUUCUCGGGCGCCAUGAUCUUCUCGGUGGUGAUGCGCCAUGUCGGGGCUCUGCGUCGCGGCACGCUCUUUGUGUCCUUCCUGGUCCAGACCGCGUUGAUUAUCAUCGCCGUCGCCUUGAUCGAGGCCGACCUCAUCCCUCACACGUCCAGCGACGCGUCCCUAGACGGCGGCCCGCUCUUCCUGGAACUCAUUCCCAUCGCCCUGCUGGCAUUCCAGUCGGCCGGUGCGAUGACCUGCAGCCGCUCCUUGGGGUACAAUGAGAUUCCGACGGUGGUUCUGACCAGCGUCUAUUUCGAUAUCGCUUCCGACCCUAAGAUUACGGAGAAGCCUACGGGCAAUGUUAAGCGCAACCGCCGCGUCGGAGGUGUUGUCUUCCUGCUCAUUGGGGCCAUCGUGGGCGGGUGGUUGAGCCGCAGCAGCGGCGGGAUGGAGUCGGCCCUGUGGAUGGCCGCGGGCCUCAAGUUCGUGGCCGCAUUCGGCUGGCUGUUCUGGAAGGCAGCCGCCCCCAAAUAG